AUGUCUUCUAAACUUGAAGAAGAACGAGAAUCGAAACGCAGAGCACUUCGAGAAGGGGAAUGGGCAUGCCCUGAUGCGAAGUGUGCCCAAAUCAAUGAUGAAUCACGCAAAUAUUGCGAUGAUUGUGGGAAACCGAAACCCAAGGCUACUGCGAAAGUUGGAAAAGAGAUAGGAAAGGAAAUGGCUGAAAAGUCGAAAGGCCUGUUCGCUGCUGAAGAUUGGGUUUGUUCAAAAUGCGGGAAUGUCAACUGGGCUCGAAGAAAAACGUGUAACGUAUGCAAUGCGCCAAAAUUAGGAGAUCUUGAAAAACGAACAGGAUAUGGUGGUGGAUAUAUGGAUAGACAAGAUGUUGAAUAUGUCAAGAGAGAUUACAAUGAAGAAUUCGACGAAUUUGGGCGAAAAAGAAAGAAAAAAGAUGUAAAAGUUGACAAUGAUCGUGAGGAAGGGGAAGAAAGUGGUAGUGAAAAUCAAGAAAUGGAAAACAAUAAAAAAGAAGAAGAAGAUGAUGAUGAUGGGGAUGAAGAAGACCUUGGAAAAUACAAUUUCGAUUUUGAUUCUGAUCCAGAACUUGUUGAAAAACUUGCGACGAAAGCGACUGCUCUUGUUCCUGCUCUGGUGGCGAAUGCUCAUGCCCGGAAAGUGAGGACGAAAAAAACAAUGAUCGACGAAAAGUGCACAAAUCAUCGAGGGAGCGAGACAGAGAACGAAAUGAUAGAAAACGCACUCGCUCAAAAAGUCGUGAAAGAAGUCGUCGAGAACACAGUCGGGACAGAAAACGGAGCAGAAGUCGAGAUCGGCGGGAGCGGAAAAGGACGAGAUUUUGAGUCGAUAAAUUCGACGAAUGCUCAAAGUGGAGGAUUUACAGGAAGUAUUGAUGAUCAGAGUAAUCUUGUUGGUGGCUCAAGUGCACCACAAAGAACAGUUUUUGAUGAUUCAACGACAUCAUCUCGAAAAAGUAAUUUAUUCUCGAUUGAGUACUAUCAGCAAUUUUUCGAUGUUGAGACAGACCAGGUCUUAAAACGCUUAUUGAACAGUGUCAUUCCAACCCAUCGCAAUUAUAUUCAAGAUUUUUUGCAACCGAUUCCAGACCUUUGGGGUCCGUUCUGGGUGUCGGUCACCCUGGUAUUUGCCAUUGGAAUUUUCGGCAAUCUCGCACAAUUUAUUGAAAAUGAAGGAAGCAAAGGCUCAUAUGGGUCCGAUUUUCGCAUGGUGACAUCAGCUUCAACUCUCAUUUUUCUCUACGUCGUCGUCGUCCCAUUCUUGAUUUAUGGUCUCUUGUGGAAUAGAAAAAGCGAAAUUAUGCAUCCAUAUGUCGAUCUGGUCUGUCUUUAUGGCUAUUCUCUGUCGAUUUUCAUUCCUGUUACGUUUUUGUGGAUAAUUGAUCUUAACUGGUUCCGUUGGGCUUUAAUUUUGGUAUCGGUUGGACUCUCCGGUACCGUAUUGAUUCGUGCAAUCUGGCCGGCUGUUCAGAAUGAUAGCAAUAAAUUGGUCUCUUUUGGAACGAUCGCCACUAUCUUCAUUCUCCACUUUUUGCUCGCUUUCACCUUUAAGGAGUUUUACUUUGACGCGAUGCAUCCGAAAGUGCCGAAACCUGACCAAAUUAUCAUUGAGAAUCCAACGACUUCGGGCAAUUUUUCGGCUCCGGUGGCUCCACCGCAGGUUAACACCGCCACUGGAAAUCUCACACAGCAUUUGACGGAAAAGAGGGAUUCGCGUGAAGAUGUGACUUCAACAACGGCGAAAAUCAUUGAAGCGAUCACAAAUGCCACGAUUACCCCAACUUCUUCGCUUUCUUCGAGUAUUGUCAUGACGAAUUCGACGAGUUCGGUUAUUGUGACGACGGCGACAACUUCUGUCGCUACGCCGACUACUGUUAAAACCAAAUAA